AUGUUUUCAUGUUUUUCAGAAUUUAUUGCUGACAAUGAAAUAUUUGAUAUUAAAAAAAUAAAAGACAUAAUAUUACUUCAUCUCGAAAAUUUGAAAAACCAUUUUAACACACGGUUUGAAAAGUUUCCAGAAAAAAAGUUGGGAUGGAUAAGAAAUCCAUUUUCUAUUAAUAUAAAUGAAAUGAAUUCUGAAUUAAGUUUAGUUAUGAACGAGGAAUUAAUUGAGUUAUCUGCCGAUGAAAUUCUGCGUAUAAAAUUUAAUGAAACUACAAGUGAUAAAUUUUGGAUUUCUAUAAAAUCAGAAUACCCAGAAUUGUCAAAAGUAGCUGUAUCAACACUUCUGCCAUUUGCAACCACUUACCUUUGUGAAAUGGCGUUUUCAGCUCUUACAGUUAUAAAAAACAAAUAUCGGACAAAACUAAACUUAGCAUCAGAUCUAAGAGUUGCAGUUUCUAAUAUAAAACCUAAUAUGGAAACAAUCAUUUCAAAAGCUCAAGCUCAAUUAUCCCAUUAA